UAUUUGCUCCACAUCCAAACCUCCGGGCUGCUUCACCAUCUUUCUUUCUAUAUCAUCGCUCAAUCCCUCUACUUUGUCUUCUUCGACAUAGAUCCCAUCCAAUUCCUGCAAAAAUGAAGUUCAUCUGCUACAUGGUCGACAAGAAGGGCUGCCUCGAAGCCCGCAUGGCUGUCCGCGCACAGCACCUCGAGCGCGCCGGCAAGCUCAUCAAGGAGGGCAAGAUCCUCUCCGGCGGUGCGAUCACCUCUGAGGCCUUCGAUCCCGCCUCGGGCAAGAAGCCCGCUAUCAUUGGCUCGAUGAUGAUUGUCGAGGCCGAGUCGAAGGACGAGGUCCUGGAAAUGAUCAAGACUGAUGUCUAUGCUGCCGAUGUCUGGGAUCUUGAGGCGUCGCAGAUCAACUACUACCUCUCCACCUAAAUGUCACAAUUCAUUAUCGCAUACACUAUAUCUAGAUUGUGGUAUUAGUUGUUCAAUCCUAUGU